AUGCCAGUAUUUCGUGGAAAAAGAUAUGUUGGUUCAUUAGAAGCGCUGGAAAAACUGGAAGGUCAUUCUCGAUAUUUUUUAUGUGAAAAAACAGGAAUGGUAUUUAAUAACUUUGAUGAUUUUUGCAAUCACCAAUUAUUUUUACGAUCACGAAGUUUUUCACCUUUUACAGAAAUAAAAGAAGGAUGUACAUAUGAUGAAGCUAAAAAUAUAGAAGAUGAAGCAUUUGAGGAAAUUAGUGUGUUAUGUGAUGGUUUAAAAAAAGGAAUAACUUUUCUAAUUAAAUUUCAUUUACAAAGAUAUUCAAUUAUUGAUAUCCUUUAUGAUAUUUAUCAUUUUACAAAUAAAAGAUUUUUUAUCGGUGAAGAAAUAUUAUAUAAAGAUAGAGAUUCAUACAAGAAAGGUGUUGUAGUUGGUGUUAAGAUAGAUAUGGUAAAUAUUAAAUAUGUUAAUCAUGAAAAUGAAGAUUGUCAAUUUAUUGAUAGUGAAUGUGUUGAGUAUGAUUUACAAGUAUCGAGGAUAGGAAAAAUUGAAAAUGUUAGUAGUAAUAGAAUUAUAAGAGAUGGAAAUGUAGUUACUUCAAAAUUAGUUAAAAAUUUUAUAUUAUUUCACACAAAUUGGUAUCUUGAUAGAACACAAAUUGAAAUUUCUAAAAAAAUAAUUGAAAAGUACAAAAUAAGUACUUUACGAUGGGAUGAUAUUUUUGGAGGACCUGUUCCAUCAUUUCCUAUAACAUUGCAAAAAAUUGAAAUACCUAGAAUGAAUAAUUCUUCGGAAGAUGAUAUAUCGUUAUCUCCCAGAAGAAAGAAAUUAAAAAAAGAAUUAAAUGGUAUAUGUGAAAAAUUAAAAUAUUAUGGUGUUGCUGAGGAAGUUUAUGUACCUUAUCAAUAUAAACUUGAUGAGGUUGAUGAAAAUGUAUUAAGUGAUUUAAGAGAAUUAUUAAAAGCAAGUGAAGUUGAAGAGAAGAAAGGUCGUGAAGAUAUUUUAUGUCUUGAUUCUAAACAACCACCAGUUUUAAAUGAGAUAUCAUUACCGGAAUGGUGUAGUAAUGAAAUUUUUAUGGAAAGUUUAUCUAUUUAUACAUUUUUAAAAGCAUUUGAAGAUGUUUUAAAUGAAAACGAUUCUUCACAUGCUAGUAUUGAUAAAGGCAAUAAUUCUAUAAUAGAUCAACGUGAUAUAUGUAUUGAAGCUUCUACUGAAUUAGAACAUUUAUGGGCUCCAAGUUGUGAAAGUGUUUUAAUAACAAAUUUUGAAGUAUCUUAUCAUGUUAAUUUAUGGUUAAAAACAUUAAAUGAAAGUAAAAAUGAGAAAUGGAGCAAAAUUGUUGAAGAACUUAACAAAAAAACACUUUUUGAAAUGGAGGCAAAAGAUAGAGCAGACAUUAUAUGCUUAAUGAUAAAAAUAUUAAACAGGUCUAAUGAAAAAAUUAAGAAAGCAAUAGAUAAUGGUUUUUUGGAGAUAACCUUAAACAAACGAAAGAUAGAGGAAUUUAAAACAAAAGCUAGUUCUUUGUCAAUUUUGGGACUAGUUGAUAAAGUAAUAGAAGAUGGAAAAGUUCAAAAAACUGUAACAAAUAUUAGAAAAGUUUUUGGUGAAAAUGAAAAAGUAAUUAUUAAAGAUAUUACUAUGAAAGAUGAUAAUAUGAUUGAAGAUGAGAUUGAGUACUACGAAAAUAUCUUAAAAAUUUAUGAUGGUGAUAUAAAUAUUGAUGAAAUUGGAAAAGAUAUUUUAGAUAAAAUGAAAGGUCGUAUACAGGAAAUACAAAAUAAAUAUGAAAAAUGUUUAUAUAAGAAGAUACUUGGAUACUAUCCAAGAUUAGGGAAAGUUAUUUUUGGAAAAGAUAGAGCAUGUAGAAAUAUAUAUUUUUUUAGUAAUCUAUCCUUAUUGUUAGUAGAGAAUGUUAAAGAAAACGUUGUAUUACCAUGUAAACAUCUUCUUAAUAGGCAUGCUAAUUCUUGUCCAUUAAAAAAUUAUGAUCUUACACCUAGAAGGAUUUUUUAUAUAAAAGAAGAAUGGAAUGAUUUUGUUGGAUCAUUAAAUAAAAAUGCUUAUAGAGAAGGGAAUUUAUUAAAAAAUUUAAAACAUUUUGUUGAUAUUAUUGGUGAUAUAGUAAAAAAAGACAAUGGAAAUAUCAUAGAAAGAUUAGGUUUACAUACUUGGAACGAAGAGUAUAAUGAAGUUGAUGUCAAACCACAUGUUAGCGAAAUGAUCAGAAAUGAAAUUAUGCAGUUAAUUGACGAUAUUAUUAGUUAUAAAGCUGUUAGAUAUACCAGACAUCUUAAAGAAUGGAAGGAUUGUUAUAAUAAAAAUAAUGUUAAGAUGGAAGAGUUUAUAUAUAAUAUUCAAGAAUAUUCAUGUAAAGAAAAAUAUCUUCUAGAUAUGAUUGUACCAUUUGUUAUGAUAUUAUUAGAAAAAAUUCGAGAAACUGAAUCUGAAGAAUUAUUACCAAGAUCAGAACCUGAUAUUACUGUUGAAGAAAUGAAAAAUUGGCACAAUAGAAUUAUUAAAUUGACAAAUCCCUUUGAAUUGUUAAAAAUUAUUAAAAUGUUUAAGAUUGCAAUUGAUCUGGACAGGAGGAUAAUAUUUCAACGUUGUUUUAUUUGCAAAAAUCGUUAUUUUCAUUCAUUACGCCUUCAUCGUUGUAGGUGUUGCAAAAAAACAUAUCAUUCAAGAUGUCAAAAAUUGAUGUAUGUUGACAAUUUUACAAUGUAUUGUGAUACUUGUUUAUCAAGUGAAGAUGUUACGAAAAAAAUUACUAAAGAUCAUCUUGAUAAUUUACAUGUAUUUAUUACUGGUAAUGAAACAAAUGAAAAUGGUCCUGUGAAACCACCAUAUUUAACAUAUGAAGCUGAAACAACAAUAAAUGAUACAAUAGUUAGUUUGUUUCGUAAUCCAAUUGCAGCAGAUUUUGUUCAUUCAGUUAACUCUUUAUACGUUCGUGAUUAUUAUGAUAUUAUUAAAAAACCAGUAGACUUAACUUCUGUUAUUCAUCAUAAGUUAAAAUUAAGAAUAUAUCAAAAUAUGCAAGAGAUAAUGGAUGAUGUAGCACAGAUGUGUGAUAAUGCAAUUAUUUAUAAUGGUGUAGGUCACAUAGUUGCGGAAAAAGGUAGAAAAAUUGAAAAUUAUCUUUUUACUGUCAUGUCAAGAUUAGUUUAA